AUGGGUGUCUAUCGCGUCCGCGUGUCCACUGGUACCUCUGUCUACGCGGGCUCCAAAAACCAGGUGGAACUGUGGUUGGUCGGCCAGCACUGGCAGGCUGCGCUCGGGGCCAGCCCGAGAUCAGGUGAGAAGCAGGAAUUCAAAGUGGACGUCUCAGAGUACUUGGGUUUGCUGCUGUUUGUGAAACUGCGCAAAAGGCACCUUCUUCAGGAUGAUGCCUGGUUCUGCAACUGGAUCUCUGUGCAGGGCCCUGGAGAUGGAGGGGCUGAGUACAGGUUCCCUUGUUACCGCUGGGUUCAGGGUAACUGCAUCUUGAGACUCCCUGAGGGUACUGGCGAGUACCAGGGGCGAGUGUGUGAGAAGGCACAAGAGAGACUGAGGGUUGACCCUCUGGAAUACCAAUACCUGAUUUCAUUUCUAUCCCACAGGUGGGGUAACUGGAAGGCUGGAUUAAUCCUGAAUGUGCCUGGUACUAGUUUAUCUGACCUCCCUGAAGAUGAACGAUUUCUGGAAAACAGGAGAGUCGACUUUGAAGCUUCACUGGCCAUGGAGUAAGACCAAGGGGGCCUGACUGCCGACCUGGCUGUCAAAAGAUCUGUGAAUAUUCUGAGUAACUGGAAUGAUGUGGAUGACUUUAACCGGAUUUUCUGGUGUGGCUACAGCAAACUGACUGAUCGAGUGCAGCAGUCCUGGAAGGAGGAUGCCAUCUUUGGGUACCAGUUUCUUAAUGGUGCCAACCCCAGGCUGCUGAAGCGCUCCAUUCAGCUUCCUGACCGCCUAGUGUUUCCUCCAGGGACAGAGGAACUGCAGAAGGAGCUCAAGAAAUCCCUUGCCCUCUCCCCUACCCAGGGAGGCACUUUGUUUGAGGCUGACUUUUCCUUGCUGGAUGGGAUCAAGGCCAAUGUCAUCUGUAGUCACCAACAGCACCUGGCUGCCCCUCUGGUCAUGCUGAAACUGCAGUCCGAUGGGCAACUCUUACCCAUGACCAUUCAGCUCCAACUGCCAAGAAUCGGCUGUACUCCACCACUGCUAUUCCUGCCCACAGACCCCCUGGUCUGGCUCCUGGUCAAAUGCUGGGUCCGCAGCUCUGAAUUUCAGCUUCAUGAGCUGCAGUCUCACUUUCUGAGAGGACACUUGAUGGCUGAGGUCUUUGCUGUGGCCACCAUGAGGUGCCUUCCAUCAAUACAUCCUAUCUUCAAGCUUAUAAUUCCUCACCUUCGAUACACCAUGGAAAUUAACCUUCGGGCCAGGAAUGGGCUGGUCUCAGAUUGUGGAGUUUUUGACUAGGUGGUGAGCACAGGUGGUGGAGGCCACCUGGAUCUGCUCAAGCGUGCUGGAGGCCUUCUGACCUAUAGCUCAUUCUGUACCCCUGAUGACUUAGCUGAGCGGGGACUCCUGGAAGUCAAGUCUUCCUACUAUGCUCAAGAUGCACUGCAGCUCUGGGAAAUCACCUAUCGAUAUGUGGAAGGAAUUAUGGAUCUGCACUAUAAGACAGAUGUGACUGUGAGAGAUGACCAUGAGCUGCAGAACUGGUGUCGAGAGAUCACUGAAAUUGGGCUUGGGCUGCUAGGGGCCCAGGACCAAGGGUUUCCCACCUCUCAUCAGUCUUGGGCCCAGGCUUGCCACUUUGUCACCAUGUGCAUCUUCACCUGCACUGGGCAGCACUCCUCCAUCCAUCUGGGCCAGCUGGAUUGGUAUUCUUGGAUCCCUAAUGCACCCUGCACCAUGUGGCUGCCUCCACCAACCACCAAGGAUGCCACUAUGGAGAUGGUGAUGGCCACACUACCUACUGUUAAUCAGGCUACUCUCCUGAUGUCCAUCAUUUGGCAGCUUGGCAGAUGCCAGCCCAUUAUGGUGCCUCUGGGUCAGCAUGAGGAGGAGUAUUUUUCAAGCCCUGGGUCCAAGGCUGUGCUGAAGAGGUUCAGGGAGGAACUGGCUGUCCUGGAUAAGGAAAUUGAGGUCUGGAAUGAAAACCUAGACAUACCCUAUGAGUACAUGUGGCCCAGCCUGGUGGAAAACAGUGUGGCCAUAUGA